AACCGAGAACCGAGUGUCUUCUGUCUGUGUUGACGAAUGACAAAAGGGUCAUCUGAUUGCCAGGGUCGGCUGCGAUGGCCUCUGCACUAACAGGCCGCCUCGGCCGUCAGGUCGCUAACAAAUUCCUGCCGACCCUGUUGACUCCGAAACUGAGGCUCAGGGUGAAGUUAGAGCAUGGAUUCCGUCAGUCAGCAGCGCUUUUCAUUGUUGGCUCCGAGAUCAAGAUGCCAUCGUUGUCCCCGACCAUGGCCGAGGGCACGAUCGUCAAGUGGCUGAAGAACGAGGGUGACCCCAUCGCGGCGGGCGACGUUCUCUGUGACAUCCAGACUGACAAGGCCAUCGUGUCAUUCGAAAUCGAGGAGGAGGGAAUUCUGGCUAAAAUUUUGGUUGGGAAUGAUGCAAAGGACGUAAAGGUUGGAACAUUAAUCGCCCUGAUGGUGGCCGAGGGUGAGGACUGGAAAGACGUGGAGAUGCCAGCGGCAGGGUCAGCGGCACCACCUUCCUCCUCAGCAGAAGCAAAACCAGCUGCUAGUCAAGCUGCACCAGCUGUUGAAAAGAAAACAGGAGGUGGCCAUUCAGGCGGUCAAGGUCCUGCGGUGCACCGGCUGUUGGAGCAAUUCGGCCUGAGUUCUUCCGACGUUCCUGCCACAGGCCCUAAAGGCAACCUUUUGAAGGGUGAUAUCCUGAAUUUAGUCAACCAGAAGGGUUUGAAGCCCAAGGCCCCUCAGACCGUUCUGCCACCAGCUGCCAGCAAAGCUGCUGCACCUGCUGCCGCCGCCCCUGCCAAGACUCCUGCUGCCAAAGCCAAACCCCAGGUAGCGAAGGGAAGCAAAUUCAUUGACGUUGAACUUACAAAUAUGAGAAAGACAAUCGCCAAGAGACUCUCACAGUCCAAGUCAACAAUUCCGCAUUCUUAUGGAGGAAUCGAUUGUGACAUUUCUGAAGUGCUAAAAUUGCGAAAGGCUUUGAAAGCAGAAGGCAUCGCCACGUCCGUCAAUGAUUUUGUUAUCAAAGCAGUUGCAACCGCACUCAGACAGUACCCUCACAUGAAUUGCAUUUGGGAUGGCCAACAGGCUGUUCCUGUAGGUGAUGUUGAUGUGUCUGUUGCUGUCGCCACAGACACAGGCCUAAUAACACCAAUUGUAAAGAAAGCCAAUGAAAAGGGCGUGCAGGAGAUUUCGGCAGUGGUGCGCGAUUUGGCAGCCAGGGCGAAGCAAGGAAAACUCCAGCUGAACGAGUUUCAGGGAGGAAGUUUCACGAUAUCAAACUUGGGCAUGUUUGGAAUCAACCACUUCAGCGCCAUCAUCAAUCCCCCGCAGUGCAGCAUUUUGGCAGUCGGAACUGGCCGCUUGAUUUUGGGUUCUGACGGCAAACCGGUGCAAAGCAUGAACGUGACCCUGAGCUAUGACAGGCGGGCAAUUGACGAAGAGCAAGCGGCAGAGUUUCUUUCUGGCCUCAGGGACAUUUUGAAGGAUCCGUCUCGCAUGUUGCUUGGAGGUGUGCCGCCCUCCAUGAGGGCCAGGGUUGGCAUUUGAACUCACCACUGUAUGUGAGCCAAUUAGUUGGAGGUAGAUGAAUGUUAACAAGCACAAUUUCUGCAAAAUAGAAACUGUAAAUUCGAUCGAGCUCCUUGGGUUUUCCAUCUACUUGCCGGAACAGAUUUCUCAUUAUGAAAGCUGAACUUUCCUGAUUGUUAUAUUUAUUUGACAAGUUAUGUGCUGAAAUGAUCAAUAAAAAAUUCCUGUUAUUCGUUGAAA